AAGGAAAAGCUAAUGCCGUGUUGGGUUCGUGAUUCUCUGAUUCUUCAAGGUCAAAACUAUUUCCCAGAAUCACGAACCUAAACCCUUCUCCCCUCUUUGAUUUCUUCAUUCUCUUAACMUUCAUCUUCUAAUCUGUCAUUGGACCCUGUUUUUUGCUCUCGAUUUUGGAGGAGGAUCCACGAUUGAUUAUAAUCAAACCAGCCACGUUUUUGGUGAGUUCCAGAUGCUUGUGACUGCAGAAUUGUGAAACAGUGUUGUCUUUUAUUCUUGUAACAGAAAAGGAACAUCUAGUAGAUUUGUUUGAUCACGAAUUGCUUACGACCUAUUCUGUGGCAGGCGGAGUUUCAUUUGAACCUGUACAGAUAGUAGUAUUACUUGCGUAAUGGGUUGGCUUAGCAGAAUUUUUAAAGGCUCUAGCCAUGAAGUUUCAGAAGGGGGAUAUAACUGGAGAUAUGAAGAGAAUACAGUGCCAACUGCAAAUUAUCCUUCUACAUCAUGGCAGGAUCCACAGUCUGAGAUAGAAGAUAUUGAUCGUGCAAUUGCCAUAUCACUUUCCGAAGAAGAAGGGAGAGGGAAACACGUGAUCAGUGAUGAUUCUCAACUGAAAGAAGAUGAACAACUUGCAAGGGCUCUACAAGAAAGUCUGAAAUUCGAGUCUCCACCCAAAAAUAGAAAUGUACAUGGCAAUGGAAAUGGAAAUGGAAAUGGGAAUAUUUAUCAACCUAUACCGUUCCCAUAUUCGACUGGAUUCAGGAUAUGUGGUGGUUGUAAUUAUGAGAUUGGUCAUGGAAGAUUUUUAAGUUGCAUGGGUGCAGUUUGGCAUCCAGAAUGUUUUAGAUGCCAUGCAUGUAACCAACCAAUUGCUGAUUAUGAGUUUUCCAUGUCGGGAAAUUAUCCUUAYCACGAGUCUUGCUACAAGGAGAAUUAUCAUCCAAAAUGUGAUGUUUGCCAACACUUUAUUCCAACCAACGCGGCKGGUCUUAUUGAAUAUAGAGCACAUCCUUUCUGGGCCCAGAAAUAUUGCCCAUUUCAUGAGCAUGAUGGGACUCCYAGGUGCUGUAGUUGUGAGCGAAUGGAGCCACGUGAAACAAGCUACGCUGCUCUUAAUGAUGGUCGGAAACUUUGCCUAGAGUGUCUUGACUCUUCAGUCAUGGAUACAAGCGAGUGUCAACCACUAUAUCUUGAUAUACAAGCAUUUUACGAAAGYUUAAGUAUGAAGGUGGAACAGAAAAUUCCUUUACUUUUGGUUGAGAGGCAAGCACUUAAUGAGGCCAUGGAUGGAGAGAGGCAUGGUCAUUAUCACAUGCCUGAAACCCGAGGACUCUGCCUUUCCGAGGAACAGACUGUCAGCACAGUUUUGAGACGACCAAGAAUUGGGAUGGGGAAUCGGGUCCUGGACAUGGGAACAGAACCAUAUAAGCUGACACGUCGCUGUGAGGUUACAGCAAUUCUCAUUUUAUACGGCCUUCCUAGGUUGUUGACAGGAUCGAUCUUAGCUCAUGAAAUGAUGCAUGCAUGGCUGCGACUUCAAGGGUAUCGAACACUCAGUCAAGACGUUGAAGAAGGAAUAUGUCAAGUUCUAGCUCAUAUGUGGCUAAAAGCCCAAAUAACUUCCAUAUCUGGUAGGAACCCGACAUCCUCGUCCUCCUCUGCCACAUCAUCAAGUCAAGGGAAACGAUCUCCGUUUGACAAGAAGCUUGCAGAGUUCUUCAAACAUCAGAUUGAAUCAGACAUGUCACCRGUUUAUGGAAAUGGUUUCAGAGCUGGCAAUCAAGCAGUACAAAAAUACGGACUUCCACGGACCUUGGAUCACAUUCGAUUGACAGGGAGCUUUCCUUUUUAAAUUUGGAUCAUUUUAUGUCUCCAAAUUUUUGUUGAAUUCUUUUAUUGAGAUUAUAGAAAAUAUACCACUAUCAAAACUAUAUUUGUAUGCUACCUGUAGAUUUAGUCAAUAUAGUAAUAAAAUCACGCAUUCUUUUUACGUUCA